AUGAUCCUGCUCCUACUUUUGGCCGUGACAUUGUUAGCAAAUGCAAGCGCAGGUGUUACCAGGUUGAAGGCAGCACCUUCCUAUGUCCAAGCUCAUAGAGAGACUAAAAAUACGGUAGAAAUACUUGAAGAGAAUAUCUUGUCAAUGGAUGGGCACAUACCACCCCUAAACGACUCCAGGCGUUCUUAUGCAGAAAUCACCCAUGUUAUUUUCGAUAUUGCUAACUUAAUGGCGCGAAGUUGCGUUACCCUGGACUAUGACAAGAUAUAUCAGGAGGAAGUAAAUGAAGCACUGCCAGAAGCUUUAGCCAACCCACAGAAGGUAGUUGACACUGCAAAGAAAUUAGUAAAGACGUUACACGAUAAAACACAAACGAUGCAAAAAUUGAUACAUGACGUUACAAAAGUAGUACCUGACGAUAUAGUUGCCAAUGAAUUAAUCGAUGUUAUCGUAACUAAUGACCCAGUUAAAUAUAAGGUCGAGGCUAACUUGUUAUUAGUUGCUGGUGCAGCUGCAACGAAAUACAAUGAAAAGAAAAACGUAUUUCAUGACGUAGCAAAAACAAUGGAAUCAAAUAGAUACAUCAUAAAAGGGGCAAAGGAUCUGGAAACAAUUAUCUUAGCAGCUACUGACGCCCUUCGUCUGAUAUACCCGAACUAUGUAAAAUGCUAA